AUGAAAUUCAUCGUGUGUUAUACAUAUUCAUCCUUUCAGAAUAAACUGGGUGACACCCCACUGCACGCGGCUUCUUGGCGUGGUCACAAAGAUUGUGUACAGCUUCUACUUGAUAGUGGUGCCAAUGCUUGGAUACGAAAUCGAGAUCAAAAAUUACCCAUCGAUGUGGCAAAGGAUGCUGAAAUAGCAGGUAUACUAGAUCAAGCAAUGAGGCGGGAUACAAGGAACGAGGACUGUGAAAAUGAGUACGAAUCAGGAUCCGAUCAAGAACAAUAA